AGCAGCCGCGCUCCCUCCCCAGCCGGAGCCGCAGCCUGCGCCGCGCCGGGGCCAUGGGCGCGCUGCGCCGCCUGGGUCAUGAGGACGGAGGCGGAGGCAGCGGGGCCGCCGCUCGAGCCGGGGGACUUUGUGCAGUUGCCCGUGCCCAUCAUCCAGCAGUUACACCACUGGGAUUGUGGCCUGGCCUGCUCCAAGAUGGUGCUUCGGUACCUGGGGCAGCUGGACGAAGGGGAGUUUGAUAGUGCCCUGCAGGCGCUGCAGCUGACCCGCAGUAUCUGGACCAUUGACCUGGCCUACCUGAUGGGGCACUUCGGCGUGAGGCACCGCUUCUGCACCCAGACCUUGGGCGUCGAUAAGGGCUAUAAGAACCAGGCCUUCUAUAGGAGACAUUUUGAUACAGAGGAGACCCGCGUGAACCAGCUGUUCGCACAGGCCAAGGCCUGCAAGGUGCUGGUGGAGAAAUGCACCGUGAGCGUGCAGGACAUCCAGGCACACCUGGCGCAGGGCCACGUGGCCAUCGUGCUGGUGAACUCCGGCGUGCUGCACUGUGACCUGUGCUCCAGCCCUGUCAAGUACUGCUGCUUCACCCCUCGCGGGCACCGCUGCUUCUGCCGCAGCCCGGACUACCAGGGGCACUUCAUCGUACUGCGAGGCUACAGUCGCGCAGCCGGCUCCAUCUUCUACAACAACCCCGCCUACGCCGACCGUAUGUGCAGCACCAGCAUUGGCAACUUCGAGGAGGCCAGGACGAGCUACGGCACGGAUGAGGACAUUCUCUUUGUCUACCUGGACAGCUGACAGUGGG